AACCGCCAAUAAACUCCGACAGAAGAAGAUACGGCGACGAAGAGGAAGAACCAUCCACGGGAAGAACCCGCGCGCGUCAUUGUUGUGAAUGUGGUCCGGGCUGCUGUCCCGUUGCUUCAGGAGCACUUACAGUCCUGCUCCUUUGUCUUUUUGUCAAGGUUUAGCAAGCUAUUUCUUUUCAACAACGGUUACUGUUACAACGGUUCAAGAUGACAACUUCAUGGAGUGACCGUCUGCAGAAGUAUGCUGACCUACCAGCUAACAUGGACGGUGUGGCCAUGAAAAAGUACCGGCGUGAGGCGCACCACAGAGUGUUUGUCAACCGAAGCUUGGCCAUGGAGAAGAUCAAGUGUUUUGGUUUUGAUAUGGAUUACACUCUGGCAGUGUAUAAAUCUCCUGAGUACGAAUCACUGGGAUUUGACUUGACAGUGGAGCGCCUGGUUUCCAUUGGAUAUCCACAAGAGCUACUCAACUUUGUCUAUGACCCCUCGUUCCCCACCAGAGGGCUGGUGUUCGACACAGUCUAUGGAAAUCUACUCAAAGUGGAUGCCUAUGGAAACAUCCUGGUGUGUGUGCAUGGGUUCAACUUCCUGAGAGGACCUGACAUCAGAGACAUGUACGCCAACAAAUUCAUCCAGCGUGGAGACACAGACCGCUUUUACAUCCUCAAUACCCUCUUCAAUCUACCUGAAACCUACCUGUUUGCCUGCCUGGUCGACUUCUUCAGUAACUGUUCCAGAUACUCGAGUUGUGAGACUGGCUUCAAAGAUGGUGACCUCUUCAUGUCAUACAAGAGCAUGUUCCAGGAUGUCAGAGAUGCAGUGGACUGGGUUCAUUUCAUGGGCUCCUUAAAAGAAAAGACUGUUGAAAACCUGGAGAAAUAUGUGGUGAAGGAUCCGAAGCUUCCUCUGCUCCUCAGUCGCAUGAAUGAAGUCACCAAAGUGUUUCUGGUCACCAACAGCGAUUACAAAUACACAGAGAAAAUCAUGACCUACCUGUUUGGCUUUCCUCACGGACCCAAGCCAGGUACCUCCCAUCGGCCCUGGAAGUCCUACUUUGACCUGAUCCUGGUGGACGCAAAGAAGCCUGUGUUCUUUGGAGAAGGAACAGUGCUGCGACAAGUUGAUACUACAACAGGUCAGCUGAAGAUUGGCACAUACACUGGACCCCUCCACCAUGGUAUCGUUUACUCCGGAGGUUCCUCAGACAUCGUGUGUGACCUGUUGGGUGCUAAAGGAAAGGACAUCAUCUAUAUUGGAGACCACAUUUUUGGUGAUAUUCUCAAGUCUAAGAAGCGUCAGGGCUGGAGGACGUUCCUGGUGAUACCUGAGCUGGCCCAGGAGCUGCAUGUGUGGACUGACAAGAGCUCCAUAUUUGAAGAGCUUCAGUCUCUGGAAUGCUUCCUGGCUGAGCUUUACAAGCAUCUGGACUCCAGCAGCAAUGAGCAGCCGGACAUCAGCUCCCUGCAAAGACAGAUAAAGAAAGUCACCCAUGACAUGGACAUGUGCUAUGGCAUGAUGGGAAGUCUUUUUCGAAGUGGUUCUCGUCAGACCCUGUUUGCCUCUCAAGUGAUGCGCUAUGCCGACCUGUAUGCUGCCUCUUUCAUCAACCUUCUCUACUAUCCCUUCAGCUAUCUGUUCAGAGCUGCACACGUACUAAUGCCUCAUGAGUCGACAGUGGAUCACGCUCACAUCACCAUCAUCGACACAGAGUCUCCGCUGGCCACGAGAAACCGCCAUGACGUCGACUUCAAGGAGAUGGAGUGCAAACGACACCAGCUGACCCGAUCUAUCAGCGAGAUCCAACCCCCCCUUUUCUUCCCUCAGGCUCCACAGGAGAUUACCCACUGCCAUGAUGAGGAUGAUGACGAGGAGGAGGAGGAGGAGGAGGAGGAAUGAGUAAAGCGGAGCAGAGGAGCGUGCAGAUUAAUCUCCUUACACAAGUUCAUCUGCAGAGAAUCUUGUCUUUAGCUGUUACAUCCAUCUGCUAACCUGCUUAUCUGUUAUCCGUUUAGUAGACGAUGCACAUUGUUACUGUACCUGUCCACAGGUAAGUCAGUCGUUACUGUAGCUUCAUGUGAUGUCAUUGACUCAGUGUGUCAGGAGACAUGAAUGUAUUCAUAUGCACUGAGAACUCUAUUUUAAUACAUGAAGUGUUUAGAGUU